AUGGACGAGGGAAAGUUGCCGGGUACAAUGUCUCCAGAGGCCAGGGUAUCUGCUGCAAAGGAUAAGUCAGGCAGCAAAGGUAGCAAAUCUCCAACCAAGGUUGGGAGCCCAAAAGCAAGUCCUGCUCAAGCGAAGAAGGUUUCACAAGAUGCUCAUGUGAAGACAGGAGCCGAUGAAAGCACCUUUCAGGAUCGCUGUCAGGUGCUUGAGGAGCAUCUAACAAAAGAGAGGCUGGCAAAGGCUCAGUUGGUUGAGCAAAGGAAGGAGAAGGACGCCACCAUUGCAAAACUGGAGGCGGCUGAGAAGAAAGCAAUUGGAAAAUGGGAGGAGGAGAAACGCCGAGCAGAGAAUGCUGCGGAGAGGGAGCGGAAAGCAAAGCAGGAGCAUGAUGAGAUGAAGGGGAAAAUCAGUGAGUACGAUGCAAAGAUAAAGCAGGUCCAGGAAGAUGCAGAGCAAGAGAGGGAGGCGUUGAAAAAGGCGCUCUUGGAGGAGAGGCUUGCCAAGGAAAAGCUUGAAGCAGUAAGGGAUGCUGGAAUCGAGAAGGACCAGAAGGGAAGCGCGGAAGUCGAAGCACUGGUUGCGAAGAUUCGGACUUUGGAGUCUGCAAAUGCAGACCUGGUGCAAGAGCUACGGAAAGGUCUUGAGGGGAGCGAUCAGGGCAAGGAUGUUUCAGGAGCAGUGUCUGGAGAGGUGGAAAGGGUCAGGGAAGAGCUGGAGAGAAAGUUUGCGGGGGACAAGGGACACUGGGAAGAAAAGGCGAAGAAACAGAGGGAAGUGAGCAACAAUGUGAUUAGGAAGCUGAGUUCAGAGAAAGAGGCAGAAGCGCAGCGUGCCGAGGUGGCCCAGAAGCGUGUUGAGGAACUAGAGAAGGAGAACAAGAAGCUGGUGCAUGACAACAAGAAACUGCACACCAAGAGUGCGGAAGCCGCCGGCAUGGAGUCAUCGCUGACGUUGACAUCAGCAGCAUUGGAUGCCAGACUGGACAAGGCAGAGGCAAAGAACAGAGCCCUUGUGAAGGAGAGGGAGGAGUUGCUCCAGAAGGUGUCAAGUCUUGAGAAAGUCAGUCAGGAGAUGGAACAGGGGCUGGCGGAGGAGAGGAGUGGAAAGGCGGCUGCUUUGCGAGAGAAGCAAGAGGCUUUUGAGAAGCUGGUUAACGUGGAGAAACGCCUGGUGGAGCGCGAAAGCGAAAUGAAGAAGCUGCGGGCCAAGGGUGCGGAGGCGGCCGCUAUGGAGUCGACGCUGACUCUGACAUCAGCGGCCUUGGAUGCCGGCCUCGAAAAGGCAGAUGCCAAGAACAGGGCGCUUCUCAAGGAGAAGGACGAGUUGCUUGAGAAGUUGUCGGGUCUGAAGCAAGCCAGGGCAGAGGCGGAGGAGAGGCUGGCUGACGAGCGGAAUGGAAAGGUGGCUGCUUUGAAGGAGAAGGAUGAUGCGCUCGGGAAGCUGGCUGAGGUUGAGACACGUCUGGUGGAGUGCGCGAGGGAACUCGAACGGGUCAGUAUCGAAAACGGGGAGCUCAAGGACUCCACAGAGAAAAUGUCAGCGGAAGUAGGGGAGUUAAAGGCAGAGCGGACUGCCAGGGAGGAGCGAAACGCGUUGCUUGUCAAGUCGCAAGACUCGCUCCAGGCUGAGCGACAACGGCUGGAAGCAGAGGUUGGAGAGCUUAGGGAAUCAGUGGUGGCUCUAACGACAGAGAUAGAGACCUUGAGGCGAGAGAAUGUCAGCGCGCUCGAGCAGAGCACCAGCCUGGGAAAGGCGAAAGAAGCUGUAGAGGCUGAAAAGGAACAGUUGCGAGAAGAGGUAAAGGGGCUAGCGCUGGAGCAGAAGAAGUUGACGGCGCAGCUACAAGUGCUGAAAGAGGAGAAACAAGUGGUGGUGGAGCAGGGGACACGGCAUGCCAAGAUGAAGGAGGCGCUUGAGGUGGAGAAGGAGCAACUAGGGGCGGAACUGGCGCAACUGCUGGAGAGGAUGCAAGGGCCGAAGCCGCAGGGCGGGCGUAAGCAGGAGGCGCGUGAGGCGCUCAAGAGCGUGGCAGCAAAGGUGGAUGAGAUUCAUGAGAAGUUGGUCGACCUGGAGCACCGCUCCGAGCUCCUUGCCCAGGCGGAGGAGGAACGGGAGGCAGCCGUGCGAGCCAGUGCACACAAAGAAGCCGAGAUUGGCAGGCUGCGGGAGGAAGUGCUGACGCUCGAGGGACGGGCCGUCGAGGCUGAGGCCAAGGUGUCCGAGCUCCAGGAGGCGCUUCAGGCCGCCCAGGCGCAGCUGGCGCAGAUCACGGGCUUCUCCCGAGCGAAGGACGAGGAGAUUCGGGGGCUGUGGAAGCGCGUGCAAGAAGCUGCGCGCAACCAGGAGGAGCAUGAGGCCCUGCGGCAGAAAGUGGCGCAGCAGAUGGAGGACAUCCUGGCAGCGGAAGCGCGGGGGCGGGAGAGCGAGGCGCACGCAAAAGACGCAGAGGUGGCGGCGCGGGAGCAGGAGGAGAAGAUGUCGCAGGUAGAGGAGGCACUCAAGGAGAGGGAAGAGGAUCUUACGGGCUUGAAGGAAGAGCUUCGAUCGAAAGAGGCGGACCUCGAGGCACUGCAGCAGCAGCUUCGGGCGCAGAAGAGCGAGGGCAAUGAGGCGCGGAAAGAAAAGACAGCGCUUCAGUCGGAAUUGCACCGAAGCGAGGAGAGCGGGAAGGAGGAGAGGGAGAGAAGCGAAAGCCUAGAAGCGGAGCUGCAGAAAGAGAAGCGGAGGACAGAUGACCUGACUGCUGAGGUGUCUGCUGCAAGGACGCGGGAAGAAGAGUUCGCGAAGCGCCUGGUAGAGUUGGAGAAAGAGAAGGUGGAGCUCCAUGAAAGGCUGCGAUCGGAGGCUGACGCCCGCGUGCGAGAGCUCGCGGAGAAACUGGCAGCUGCGGAGGCGGACUUGGCCCAGAAACUGUCCGGAACGGAAGCGGAGUGGGCGCAAAAGCUUUCCGACGCGGAGGCGGCAGCGGCAGAGCGGCUCGCGGCUGCACAAGAAGAGCUGCGGACGGUGAGGGCGGAUUUACAGCGAGCGAAGCAGGAAUUGAUGGAGCAGAAGGAGCGGUGGGAGCGGGAGAAGUGUGAACAGGCGGAGCGGCACGUGGAGGAACGAGAGCGGGUCGCACGGGAGCGUGCGCGGGCGGUGGAGCACCUGGAGAAGGAGGUGGAAGAGAGCGGGGGGGCGAUCCAGAAGCUGCGGGAGGGGAUCACUCGACGGGACGUCGAGAUCAAAGACCUGCAGACGGAGCUGUUGGAAGCGCGAGAGGGUCUGGAGAAAGCGGUGCGGGUGAAAGAGGAGGAGAUGAAAAAUGAGAGGGCGCAGGCUGCGGCGGUUCGAGAGCGCUUGACGGAAGAGUUGGCAAGCAAGGACGCCGAAUUGAAGGAGCUAAGGAGAGAGGUUCAGGAGAUACAGGUGACGGUGUCCCGGCACAAAGAGGAGGACCUGGCAUCGCCGAAGGGUGUUAAAGAAAUCUCAAUGGCUCAGGCCGGGCCGCAGGAUGACGUCAGCAGGAGGAAGGAAGAGCUUAGGUUGAUAGAAAGGGUAGUGCAAUCGAAGGAGGCCUCGCCGUCGAGAGUCAAAGCGUGGGCCCGGGUAAGCGAUCCGGGGCUGUCGGGGCUUCUAGCGGAAGAAAAAAGGGCCUUACCUGAGGGGGCGGGCAAGGCAGAGGCCAGGGUGAAGCCGCCCGCCCCCAGGGUGCGGGUGAGUUUCUUAGGGCGGCGAGAGGGCAGCCCGGGUCUGGCCGAGGAGGAGUGUGCGACGCCGAUCCAGGAGAAGUUUGACGUCGAGGGAGACGAGAAAACGGCGCUGCAGGAACGGCUUCGAGAAAAGGAAGAAGCGCUUGAGGUGGAAGUGUCCCGUCGCCAGAAGAUCGAGAAGCAGCUGGCCGACGCCAAUAGCUUGUUGGCGCUGCGGACCGCUGAGGCGUCCCGCCUUGAGAACACCCGGAGACACGUGGCAGCCCUAGAGGAGCAGGUGUGCACGCUGCAGCAGGAGCUCGCGGACGAGACGGCACGUGUCAGCGAGCUGACGGUCCACGUGGCAGACCGAGAGGUAGAGCUGGCGCGGCUGAAGGACGUCAGCUUGGGUGGGCUGAGCAAGGAGCCAGCUUACAGCAACGGAAGCAGAAAGGCGAAGAGAGGGUCAGGCGAAGAGGGGCUUGCGAGCAAACGGGAUGCAGGACGCGCUGAUGCGGAGAUCCGGGCUGGCAGCAGGAAGUCGCUAGAAGGCAGCACGACGGCUGAACCCGCAGAGAACGGCGCAGGACAGUCCGAGGACUGGUUGCAGCGGGAACUGCGGGAGGUGCGGGGCCACCUGGAACUAGAGCGGGCGCACGCGGAGGCGGCCGGAAAGGAGCUGCACGAGAGGCUGGCGGAGCGGGAGCGCGACCUGGGCGAGCGCACGCAGGAGCUGCGGAACUUGGAGCAGCAGCUAGAGGACGAGGAGGGGGACAAGCGGCGCAUCCUCAGCCAGAUGGACUACCAGCGGACCCAGAUCGACCACCUGCAACAGCAGCUGUACGGCAAGAAGAAGAGCAUGGACCGCCUCCUCACCCGCCUCUCCGACAACGAAAGAACCCUCGAGCAGCUGCGCAUCUCCCCGGGCCAGUCCCCCCGCUCUAGUUUCUCCUCCAACGGAGACCGGAAUAGCUCCCCCGGGCACUCCCCUUCGGGCACCGGAGAGCGGAUCUCCUCGCCCAGGCUGCCGCUCACCACGAGCGUUACCGAUCUGGAGAGACUGCGAGCGGAAGCCGAGUCGGAACACCGGGCGGAGUUGGUGCAGCGACUGGAGCAAGGCGGGGUUCUCGAGCGGAAGGAAUUGGAAGAGGAGGUGCCGGCGUUGUUCAGCCAGUGCAAGGCGCUCCAGGCCGCGCUGGAGGAGAGUAAGAAGCGCAUUGCGGAACUGCGCGAGCAAGCGCUGACGUUCCAGGGCGAGACGGACGCGCGGGAUGCGGUGAUCGAGGCGCUGCGGGAAGAACUAGACGUGGUGAAAGUGCGGGUGGAGUCCGACGCCGGGAAGCUGCGAGAAGAGGCCGCGGCGAGGGAGGGUGAGCUGGCGCGGAGCGUCGCGGAUCUGAAAGCACGGGUGGCGGAGAAGGAGAAGCUACUGGACGAGGGAGACAGCAAGUUUGAGGAGCUGCGGGGGCAGAUCGCGGGGGGAGAGGAGAGGAUUCGGACGUUGCGGGGCGAGGUGGGUACGAUCCGGGGGCAACUGUCCGAAAGGGAGGACUACUUGGAAAGGCUGGAGGGAGAGAUUGGGGAACAGGCGGCGAUGCUGGUGCGGAUGCAGGACGACAUCGCGGAGAAAGAGCGACAGCUGGCGGAGUGGGAGGGGCUGGCGGAGGCCCACGAAACGGAAGUCGAGUUGCUGCGGAGGAAAGUCGAGAGUCUGAAGUCCACGGAAGCGCCCUCUGUGGAAGCGGACGACGAGGGGGUGCCACGUCGCGGCCUGCAAGAGCAGCCAGACGUGCCGGAAGGGCACGUGGCGUCAGGAGGCAGUCUGGAGGAGCAACUAGAGGCGGCAGUCGAACGGCAGAAGCGGAUGAGCCAGGAGCUGAGCGCGGAACGGCGGGAGUGGGAGUCGCGGCUCGUGCGGAUGAAGCACGAACGGGAGGGGUUGGAGAAGCAGGUUGUGGAAGAGCGGAAGCUCAAGAAUCAGGCGCUGAAAAGCGUCCAGGUUAAGCUGCGGCGGUUCCAGUUCGAGCUGGGGGAGGUGCGCAAGGAGAGGGCGGCGCUGCACGAGAGGGUUCAGGGUUUGGCCCGCGUGGCGCGCGAGGGCGAGGAGCGGGUUUGGGCCGCGGUUGAGGAGAGGCUGAAUGGACAGUCCGUCGGCGUCGUACUGAGGUCGCCGAGGCAAGGGUGGCUGGGGAAGCUGACGGAGUCGACCAAGGGGAAGAGGGAAGUGCUGGCUCUAGAUUAUAAGGCGAUCGGGAGGGCAGCCUCCCGAGACGUUGCGGCGUCUGAGGAGGAGGCAGACCGACCGGCGUCCGCUCCUGGGGUUGCUUCCCCAGACAGCGAAAGCGUAAGUCUAGCUGCUGUGGACAGAGAGGAAGAGGUAGCGGGAUAUCCCGAGAUGAAGCGAACCCAGGAAAGCGAAUCCGGCUUGAGGCAAAGAGCAGAUGACAUUCUUGGAUCUCGAGGUGACGUCCGCAGUGGCGACGUUUCCCCAUCUGAUAUACAAGCGAAGGGGGUAUCAGAUGAUGGCAGUCGCCGAUUGGGGAGGCGUACGCCGCGAAGUAGUUACAGGAUGUCACCGCGCGGGUCUGGAGAGGUUGCUAGGGUCAGCGCACAAGAAGAAAGGGUGGUAGCGGAAGAAGAGCGCGAUCAGGGCAGGUUGGUCUUCGUCGUCGUGUGCACGGUCGGAGUGCUGGCAGUAUUCGUGGUCACCGCUGGGCGGCUAGGCCUACUUUGAAGAACCAUUUUGCCUUUCAGGAAGUGAGUUGUCCGGAUUCUUUAGAGAUGAUCGCACGUCUCAAACUGAGACACCGCAAGCGCAGAUGCAGCUGCCAUUGCAGCCGACCUUGGCUGCUUUGGACUUGCCGAUUAGUAGGCAAGCCAAGCGUCAUUGAUCAUCAAGGCCUUUCGGACAUGAGGUGUCCCAUGGAACUGGUUCUGAAGAGUAGGCUAAGCGUUGACCUUUUUAUUUGAGCGCAGCACGUAUGUUUAUUAGCUGAGGUAUAGACGAUCAAGGAAAGAGUAACUCAAGUAUGAACCCUUCAACUGCUGGCACAUAUUGACCGCCCGCUGCCAGUGAUCGGAUGUGGGA